CCGGCGGCGGAGGGGCGGCAGCGCGGGAGGAUGCUGGUGGCUGGAGGAUGGAGGAGGCGGUGGUGAAGCAGGGUGUGCUCCACCUCCAGCUGCAGCAGACUUUUGGGAAGAAAUGGAAGAAGUUCUGGGGCAUCUUGUACCGGGAAAGCCCUUGCUCCACCGCCCGCCUGGAGCUCUUCGAGGGCUCGGCUCCACCAGCUGCCGAAAAGCUUCGGAAAAGCGAGGGCAGCAAGAAGCUGGUCAAGCUGAGCGACUGUGUCCACGUGGCCGAGGUCGGUGGCGAUGCUGGUUGCCCCAAGGAGACCUUCCCCUUCCUCCUGGAGACCACCGACAAGCGGUUCCUCCUGGCUGCCGAGGGCACGGAGGUGGCCGACUGGAUCCAGAAGCUGUGCGAGCUGGCCUUCCCGAGGAGCAGGGAGGAGCAGGCAGGAGGCAAAGAUGGCCAGCAGAGCUCGCAGGGCACCGACGGCGGGGUCUCCAUGGAGGAAAACUCCCUCUACAGCUCCCGGGAUAAAGCUCAGAGGCGCAGGAAGCCGGAGCCCGCGCCCUGUGAGAGCGUAGGAAAUAGAAGAGCCCGACCGCACGUCACAUGCUGA